CAGGAAUAGCUCACCCUGGAAACGCUGGGAUCGGUCAGCCAAACCACUGGUCUGUGAGGGUGUCUAGCUGCCAUCAACCCCCACCACGUUUUAAGGAGUUUUAUUUUUAUUUUUACUGGAUUUACAAUCGAACAUCACUGAUAAGAAGUUUUUUCUUACCCCAGAGGGUUCCACUUUCUGUGCCUCUCUUCUCAGGAUAUAAAAAAAUGGUGAAACUUUAGUUGAGACAACCAUCUCAGUCAUGCCUUUCUUAAGUGUCAGUCCUAAUUCCAAGCCGAACCGGAGGUUCUGGCACAUCGGUGUGCUUCUCUGCAUCUGGGCUCUGAACAGUCAUGCCGAGAUUGUCCUUACUGUACCCCACAAAGUGAGCCUUUCAGCUGACACAUCUACGCAGCAACUGUCCAUUUCCUGGUUCGGAGGGGAAUCCAACACUUUUGACAUCCUCGUUUUAAGAACGGAAUUCAAUGAAACUGUCUUCUAUGAUACAGUGUCUGCUACAAUGAAUCAAAUAAGCGGUCGCCACGAGUGGAAGUGGACCUCUGUUGAACCUCUGGAGUGUACCUCCCUAUCAAUCAAAAUCCGAUCAAGAGAUGGAAAAAAAACAAGUGAAUGGAGUGAGAUUCAGAUUCUUCAAGGGAAGGAUAUUCCUGGCAAUGGGGGCCUCCAGAUGUAUCCCCAGGACAGAAUUGUUCUUGUGGGGACCAACACAACCUUCUGUUGCAUUGUGGAAGAGGGCAAGGUCUUCGUUGGCAUGACUUACAGCAGCACAGCCAUGGAAGUAAAGCGACUGAGUCGACGAAGUUAUGCCACAACAGCGGUUAAUCAGGGACCAUCACGUUUUUGGGGAACCAACGUCAUUUGUCGUGCAAAAAGCGCAGCGAAUCCAGUGAAUGGGGCAGUCAUCUUUGUUGGAUAUCCACCACAGCCCACCAAUUUUACGUGCGAGACUCAUGACUUAAUCUCAGCUGUGUGCUCCUGGAAUAUAGGAAAAGACACUCAUUUGUAUGGAAAAGGACGACAAACACUCUAUUCUGUGAACAAAAGGAACUGUUCUGUGGACAAAGCUCUUGAUUGUAUUUUCCCUCAUUGGGAUGGUAACUGGACACUGGUGGCAGUUAAUCCUCUCGGCCAGUACAGCCUCACGGACUCAGCUGAAAUUAGUCACAGAGUGAGUCCAGUAGCACCAGUUAAUCUGAACUCUGCUGUACAAGCUUUCAAUGCCACUCUGGUGUGGAAGUGGGAAUAUGAUGGCUAUUCCUCCCUGCCUCUAGUCUGCCAGGUAGAGCUAACCACAGAUGGGCACAAAACCAAGCGUGUCUUCUCUGGUGUGGGUCUCCAUUCUGUGGUUCUGUUGGACCUGCAGUCUGAUGAGGAUUACAGUGUUAGAGUCCGCUGUGGAGCUCAGCAGAACUUCUGGAAGUGGGGGAAAUGGAGCGACCAGUUUCACUUCAAAACCAAAACCUAUGUUCCAGAUGCUCCAGAUGUGUGGGUGUUCAUGAACGGAGACAACACUGGGCUGAUUUUAUGGAAGCCUCUAACAAGACAACAGAGCCACGGUCAAAUCACUGGUUUUGAACUCACUCUCUGGAACCUAGAAGAAAAUGUACAGCACACAGAAAUUUUACCAGCAGAAACACAUUCUUUACCAGUCAAUCUUGCACAGAUGACUUCUUUGAGCAACGGCAGCAAGGUCAUAGCAAGUGUCAUGGCAAAGAAUGUGGAAGGGUUUUCUGAACCUGCAAGUGUACCUCUGCAUUUCAUAGGUGUGGAACCGCAUUCUUUGUCGAGAGUAGUUUACACGGAUAGCGGUUUCCCUCUUUUCUGGCAGCAGAGUGCCAACAGCACAUGUAGUUAUGUGGUGGAAUGGCACAAUGUCUCAUGCUCGCAAGAUUGCCCUGUAGAUUGGAUCAGAGUGGCUGCUGGAAUCACUAAUGUCUCCAUUGAAUCAGUCAACUUCCAGCCAGGUGUGAGAUACAACUUUUCCCUCUACAGCUGCCCUUCUGAUUCCCCACAACUACUGCAGCGCUGGCAGGGAUACGUACAGGAGCUGGUCCCGUCCAGCUCCGUCCCUCUGUCAGUCAGUCAGCAGGACUCUGAUGUCAUCCUUACCUGGGGCGAGAUCCCACUGGCUGACAGAAGAGGCUUCCUCCUGGGCUACAACGUGUACAUAAACAAUGGUUCCCAGCUCGCACUACUCGCAAAUCUGACAGAUGUAGGAAAAAGGACGUACACAAUGAAGGGUCUCUCUGGAGGUUCAUAUAAAUUUACCGUCAAGGCUUACACAUCAGCCGGCGAGGACACGGGCACUGCUGCUUACAUCACAGUGGAGUCCUACACAGAUGGCUUGAUCCUGGAAAUGCUGGCUUCUUUGGGAAUUGUAGUCAUUUUACUCGUCAUUGUUAUCAUUGUUUGCUACAAAAAAAGAAAAUGGGUAAAAAGGGCAUUUUAUCCAGACAUACCUGAGCCCAAGCUACCAAGUGAUUGGUCCAGGACACAGGGACCUUUAAACGUGAAACCAUCUCCACACAGUAUGGUUCAUAUUGUAGAGAAGCCUGAAAGAGAUUCUAGUAAAGAGGCUCUUGUUGUCAUUCUUGAAGAAGAGGAGGAUGAUCAAGGGCAAAGGAUAGGAGAUGAGCCAGUCGACACGGACGAACCCCAGUCCUUACGCUACUACGACCAAGUGGUCGAUGAGCGCCCCAUCAGGCCACGUUUCCCAGACUCCUCCGUUUCUUCAGCAUUUUCUUUGGAUUCAGCCAGCACCGAUGUGACAUACACAGGGAUCCAGACCUCAGGUUCCUCUCUGGUGUUUCAGCUCGAUCCACCAGGCUCCAGUGAGAUUCACCAGCCUCAGAUGGAUCGCGCCGUCAGCAGUGGACAUGGAGCCGGGGGUUAUCGCCCCCAAACGCAUCGUAUGGCCCUGAACGAUGACAUGGGCUUUGCUUCUUCAGAGCCUUUACUAGAGCCCGAGGCUGCCAAUGGUGGGGGCUACAAACCCCAAUGUUCCUGGCAUCUGGACUCUCCCACAGAGGCCAGUGAAAGGGGCAGUCUGGCCCCUUCUCUUGGAUCGCCCAUCUCCGUUGCCUCUACACAGUUCCUCCUCCCUGACGGAGAGGAGCAUGCACAGGAGAAAGGACAGCUGUCUUCUGCAGCAACCUGGUUCACUAACCUGCUGUCAUCCACAAAACCCUGAUAUCAGCUCCUGCCUUUUUUUCUUCCUGUUCACAGCCAGGCCACAGGGGGUGACCCACUCAUUUCUGUUACCAGUGUCAUUUAUCAUCUAGUCCCACCUGUCCAUUGUCUUGAUCAUAACCAUCUCCUACGUAGCACUAAAUUGUUCCUCGUACAUUUGGACCACAAGUUAAAAAUCCUUUUUAAGGUGUUUUUACCAAAAAUAUUAAAAUUACUACGUAGUUAUUUUAUCUUCCAUGGGUACUUGCAUGGAUAAUUUAAAUCUGUAUAUUUGUAUAUGUAAAAAAAAAUCUAUAACGAUGGCAAAUCUCUUAAGGAUUUGUUGUCUUUGAUGGUUCUGUUUAUUGCACCCUCUGGUGGCUGUGGAUUCCCUCACGGCCUUUUCUGUUGCAGUUUCACCUUUCAUUUGUGCUUUUUCAGUGCAAAAGAAGGAUGUCCUGAAUAACCUGCUGCUUUUAAACUGGGGUCAUUCAGAGAUCUGACUCAGCUCUGUGUUUACACACAUUAAGCUGAUGUUACACAAUUAGCUGAGAGACAGCGACAGCUCAGAGGCUCAUUAGUCCAGGUAUGAAAAACAGCCAUGCGACGCAAUGGAACCGACAUUUCAGUUUUUUAUGUUUCGGCUGAGUUGGCCAAAUUUUUAGCCUGCAAUUCAUUGUUUUAUUAUCUAUGGAGUUUCAAAAUCAUUGAUGGCACCAUUAAAAUAGAAAAAGAGUAUAAGAAUAAGAGUGGAGACAGUUUGAUUUAAAAAAAACACAGGUCAGAACAAUGUCUUUCCCAUCAUAGCAAACAGGAUUUCUGUUGGGCUAAUGUUGGGAGAAUCUUUCCUGCUGACAGCUGAAAAACCACUCUGAGAAAAUAUGUCACAUGGCUGUAGAUGCCUUUUUUGAGGUAUGAUCUCUUAGUUCACUGGAACGCUAACAUCCUCAGUGAUGUUACUGACUUUCGUUUUUGUUUCUUUCACUUGGAGUGACUGCCAGGACAAAGAUGUCAACAUAACGAUGCACUUAUGAUAGAGAAAAUUUAUCAUUGUACAAAGACACCGGAGAAGAGCUUUUCAUCAUGGUCUGGAAUUUUGGGGGUGAUCAGCCCAUGGACGAUACACUAAUAUAAGCUGGACAUCAGUGCAAACUGAGGUAAUUUUUGAACAAGCAGGCUAUUGUUACUUUUGAGUGUCUUUGUUUGAUCUUCCUUGCCAGAGUCUAUUUUUUGCUUUUCUUUCUUAUAAAGACAUAUAUGUUACUAUCAGGCCAGUGUUUUUUCUUUUUUUCUUUUCUUUUUUUUUACUAAAUGAUGCAUUAAGAGGGUUACUUGUUAUUGUAUGGGUAAUUGCAGUGGUUGAGUAGCCUUGAUGAGAGUAUGCUUCCAAUAACUUUCAGCAUAUCAAUUUUUACAUACUUAUCUGAAAUGUUUUAAUAUCUUGUUGUUAUGGAGUUCACAACAGAUCUAACAUGCAGAAUCCACUGGAAUACUAUGAACUAGGGAUGUCCCAACUGACAGGAUUAUUUUGAGAGUGAGAAAGUCUGUCUUCUUCAUUUAGGAAGUCAUUAAUUUUAUGUUGUAGAUCUUGGUUUAGAUUUUCAGUAUAAUUCUCAAGGCGAAAAUCAUCUCCUGAAAUAAAUGGUUUGGAAAGGGGACCAAGGGGAAAGUAGAGAAUGUAUGGGGCAAUGGGUUUUUGAAUAAUCAUUUAGCUUUUGUUGACAUAAAUGUGGAGAAAGUUCUUUAGUCCACACAUGAGAAUCUUUAUAAAAGUGAUGGGCUUCUAGUGGGUAUUCUGCAUUAAUGUGGCCUUUCAAAAGCAUGUAAAAUAUGCAAAGUUUACUCUGUGAGGUGCAGUGGUUUAUUUUCCAAUUUUGGAGUCAGUCAGAGCCGAUGUCGCAAAUUGUGUGAUAACGUUUUUAGUGCCUCCAGCCAACAAGCUUUAAGUAUAACUACUGUGACAUUAAAAAAUAGCUUACUGUCAACUAUACGGGAUUGUCUUUACAGUUUAACUGAUAGAAUUCUGUCUUCAAGAAAAAUGUAUCCACCUUUUCUUCUCCUUGUAAAACUGGUCUGAAUUUUACUUGUUUAAUUGGAGUGAGGAACUUUGGGGCAGACCAUGUAAAUGAAGGAAUAAGUGAAAGAGAUCAUCCACCAUUGAUGGUGGAUGAUGGUGAUAACUGCUUUGAAGCAGUUGUAAAGGUUGCUUACACUUUAGCGUGUUUUAGAAGUGCGCUUUUUCUAAGGAGAAAAUCUGAGUUACAUGAUUUAUGUUGAUUUAUUUGGACAUGUGGCACCUUUUUGUUUUCCUUGAAUUUUUUUUUUAAUGCAACUAACUGUACAUAAUUGUAAUGUUCGUGUUUUCUUGCAUUCGAGAAUAUUACAUUGUUUCACGGCAGAUGGGAUUACGUUCCCUGCCCUAUAACACUGACUAACCAACUUUAUUGACAAAAACAUGUUUGUGUCAAUGACACAAGAUAGAGUUCUAUGUAAAUGUAUGUUUCUGAAAAAUCAGGUAUAAUAAGUUACAAGUGCGGAACUUGAGCCUUCUAUCUAUUGCUAUCACGUUUCUUUACUGUCUCUCUUUGCUGGAGACGUUUGAAUAGGGCCACAAAUGUCACCAUUCAUAAAGUCCAUCAUUCAUUUCUUUUUGCAUUUUUAGACGCAAGUCUAACAUUACACAGGGUAUGUUUUCAGUCUACCAUGUCUCCAUCUCUGGCCCAUGCUACUUUUGUGAAACUGAUGCAUGCUGUGUAAACUAUUACUACAAAAACCAUGACUUGUAAGCCUUUUAAAAAUAUUUGGUUGUUACACUAUAGCUUUAAAACACUAACAAUGACUAAUGCAUUGCAUGAUGAAAUGACAAAAGUGUGUGCACUUGAAGUGAUAUAAAAUUGACCAUAUUUUGCAGAUUAUUUUAUUACUUAAUAGAUUAAGCAGCUCACAAUUGCCUCUGGAUGAAUAUGGCAUUAUUAACAAAGUGAUGUACUUGUUUAAAGGCAAUAAAGUGAUUGGUCUGGCUACUAAA